AUGUCUAGCACGACAGCGACGACCGGUAUAGCACAGCCAGCCAAGCUAGUACAUCGAUCGAACGGAUGGGCAGAGACAUUUGCAAUGGUGAAAAAAGAACUUACACCAUUCAACGUCGAUGGCCGGAUUUUUUUACCUCAUCCCUCCGAUCAUAAACUAUGUACAGACCGCCAGGAGAUCUUGAAAUUUGGUGACUCAAGGGCGUGUGCAACACGCAAAACACCCGACGCCCCGUUUGUAUCUUGCUUUCCCUCCUCGUACACCAUCCAGACAGCAGGGGAAGAUCACAGUCAAGAUGUGUGGCAUUUUCGCGUGCCAUUGAAUCGCGGCACGAGACUUUCACAUCCACGCCGAAACGCUGACCACAACCUGUCCUGCAGCCACCCAGAUGUGCAGAAGUUCAGACCGACUGCGAUCCGCAUGGGAAAGCAGGUCAAGCAUCGCGGACCUGACUGGAGCGGUAACCAUACAGCCAACAACACCAUCCUCGUCCACGAACGUCUCUCGAUUGUCGGUGUAGACACGGGCUCGCAACCCAUUGUGAGCGACGACGGCACCGUCGCACUCGCAGUCAAUGGCGAAAUCUACAACCAUAAGAUUCUGCGCAAGCAGCUUACCACCCCAUACCCCUUCAAGACACAUUCGGAUUGCGAAGUCAUCAUCCCACUGUAUAAAGAGCAUGGCUUGGAUGCGCCCAAGUACCUGGACGGCAUGUUCAGCUGGGUGUUGCACGAUAAGGCUCAGGACCGCUUGAUUGCCGCCAGAGAUCCUAUCGGCAUCACCACUUUCUACAUUGGCCGCAGCAGCUCAACGCCUGGUGCUGUGUACUUCGCCUCAGAGCUCAAGUGCUUGCACCCAGUGUGUGAUCAGAUCGAUAGCUUUCCACCAGGCCACGUAUACGACAGCAAGACCGACACGCUUACUCGAUAUUAUACGCCAAAAUGGCUGGUCGAACCUACCAUCAUUCCUUCCAACCCGCUUGACCUGAAGCUGCUUCGGGAAACUUUCGAGAGAUCUGUACGAAAGAGGCUGAUGGCUGAAGUGCCUUACGGCGUGCUUCUCAGUGGUGGCUUGGACAGCUCACUUGUCGCCUCGAUUGCCCAGCGUGAAACGCAGCGCCUGCAGAAAGAGUAUGCUCGCCAGCAAGCACUUCUCUCGCAAGGCACCAACAGCCCAACCAUCAGUGGCGUUGCCAACGGACAAAUUGCCUCCGCAACGCCUGCUGAGAGCACGGAAGGCCUGGCAGGUGUUGACGAGAACUACAAUCUCACUGAUGUCCCCGUGCUCUCCCAACUCAACUCGUUCUCCAUUGGUCUGCCAGGUGCCCCAGACAGCGUCGCGGCAGAAGAGGUCGCCAAGUAUCUCGGCACUAGGCAUCACUCUCUGACCUUCACCAUCCAAGAAGGUCUCGACGCUCUCUUUGACGUCAUCUACCAUCUCGAGACCUACGAUGUUACCACGAUCCGUGCCUCCACGCCAAUGUUCCUGCUGUCCCGCAAGAUCAAGGCCAUGGGCGUUAAGAUGGUACUUUCUGGCGAAGGAUCGGACGAAAUCUUCGGAGGAUACUUAUAUUUCCACAACGCGCCAGACAAAAAAGCUUUCCACGAAGAGACUGUGCGGCGAGUCAAGAACCUACACCUUGCAGACUGCUUACGUGCCAACAAGUCGACUUCUGCGUGGGGUGUUGAGGCACGUGUGCCGUUCCUGGACAAGCAAUUCUUGGACGUGGCUAUGAACAUCGACCCUGCGGAGAAGAUGAUUGACAGGUCGCAAGGCAAGAUCGAAAAGUACAUUCUGCGAAAAGCAUUCGAUACGGAAGGCGAGCCAGGCGCCAAGCCGUACUUGCCCAAGCACAUUCUCUGGAGACAGAAGGAGCAAUUCUCCGACGGCGUCGGGUAUGGCUGGAUUGAUGCUCUCAAAGACGAGGCAAAGAAGAUGGUCUCUGAUGAGCAGAUGGUUGAGGCCAACAUCCGGAAAGAGAAGCCGUUCUGGGGAGAUGACAUUCCUGAUUCCAAGGAGGCCUACUGGUACCGCUGCAUGUUCGACGAGCACUUCCCGCCAUAUUGUGCCAGCACUGUCAUGCGUUGGACACCAACUUGGAGCAAGCAGACCGAUCCAUCUGGUCGUGCCAUUGCAUCGCACGACCAAGCAUAUAAGCCGGACCAGGGCGCAUAAAUCUAGCCCCAUUCUUUCUGCGGCGUUGGUGGUGCUGACGAGGAUAGAGCGGAGGCGGCUCUACGACAGCCAGGCCAGCUGGUUUCCAGCGUGGCUUUGAUCAUCAUCAGUCCGUGACUUUUUAAUGGGCAUAAGCUUUCACACCCCGAUUGAGUGAGAUGGCAGGCUAGGCUAUCCUAGCACCCUACACCCUCUUUCAAGAACCGAACAGUAGCGUCCGACACCCGAGUUGUAGAUUACGACUUCGAAUAGCUCAAUACAGGCAUGAUCUGCUUCUCCAGCUGUCCUUGGUGGCUUUCGGCUUUCGGUGGUCUCAAGGAUAGGAGCCACUCCCGGGAUCUUCUUCCGCAGGCGCAGGAGAGCGACAAAGAUGCCAGUUGAUGCCUGUAUAUGUUGACACCACUUUUCACGAUAUCCUGCACAGUCCGAUUGAGCGAGAUGGCGGCCAGGCUCAACCUUGCCUACGAGAUCUACAUAGAAGCCGCCAUCUCGCUUAAUCGGACUUUACAUCAUGAGCAAGACCAUCUACCAUUAUAGUGCCAUCGCGGGAAUUUGGCCAAAUUUCAUUCC